GAGAUGCAGUUGGUUCUUUCCUGGCUGCUUUGCAGGUAGAAGGGCCUGGUCUGGGACCUAGCCUCACAGCUCUGCUUCCCUCCCCUUCCUUUCCAGUGAGAAGCCACUUCCCAAAGACAACACACUGGGGACUAAGCAGAGACGAACAGAUUCCAGGAGACUGACCAAGUGGGUCAAAAUGCUAAAAAACUAUAGCAAGUACCAUGACAGUGAGAAGUUCCAUCAACGCAUUUUUAAGGGAAUCCCUGGUCAGGUGCGCGGGAAAGUGUGGAGGCUACUCCUGGGUGUGGAUGCAAAGAAGGCCCAGAACCCAGGCAAAUUUGAGGAGCUUAAAGAGCAAGCCAAGCUGCGCUCCAAUCAAUUUCAUCAAAUUGAUUCUGCGGUGUGUUGGACAUUCAGAAACCACCUCAUGUUCCAAAAACGAUAUGGACUAAAGUGAGACGCUGGUUUGCAGGGGCCCCAGGGGGUUGAGAGCUAGUUUCCUGGGAGAGAUGGGGUACAAACCUAAA